GGGAUGGGGAGAGGAGAAAGAAACACGCCCACACGUUUGAGAAUAAAAUUAUUUUAAAAAAAAAACCCCAGCAGCCAUCUGCCGACGACGUGCAGUGUAAAAAUGAGUCCCGAGCAGCCCCCGUGAUGGUUUGAUUUGCCCCAUCGCCAACGUGACAGACGGUCGGUCCCCCUUUUGGACGAGCCCGAGCCCACCGACUCCCCGCGCGCGUGCGUGCGCGCGCCGCGCGCGCACGCGGAAUUUUCGGAUGGGCUGCUUUGAGCCAAUUGCGAAUAUGCCAGCGGUCCAGGAUAUACGCGGAUUGGCCCAGAUACCCUCGAAUGAUCGGCUCGGAAUUUGUAGUGAAUGAGUGGGUGAAUAAACCCGUGGACACGUUAAGGGGGGGGGGAAGAGGAUGGAUUCGGUGUUGACUGUUUCCCCAAAAAAAAAUUUUUUCCCCCUAAUUAAUUAAUAAAUAAAUAAAAGGAUAUUCGUGGCGCGUGAGCCGAAGUGCGCCCAUGGUGCCAACGAGAUCGCAGGAAGGCGAUAAAAUCUGGAUGCGACUGACUGGUCGCCGGUGUGCUGGUGGUCCCGGGUCAGAGUCAGCCGUGUCUACGAGGAUGGGUGGCGGGGGCAAGCUGACCGAGACUGCAGAGCCAGACAGAGGUAGUAAUGCCUACACCUGGGAGGACGUGCAGAAACACUGCCACAGGGACGACCAGUGGCUUGUCAUCAAUCGGAAAGUGUACAAUGUCACCCAGUGGGCAAAGAGGCACCCGGGUGGGAUAAGGGUGAUCAGCCACUAUGCUGGAGAGGAUGCCACGGAGGCAUUUGCUGCUUUUCAUCCCGAUCUCAAGUUUGUGCGAAAGUUUCUGAAGCCUCUGCUGAUUGGCGAGCUCGCAGCAACGGAACCGAGCCAGGACCGAAACAAGAAGGCCACGGUUGUGAAGGACUUCGAUACUCUGCGUGCACACGCAGAGCGAGAGGGCAUGUUUCGAGCUCAGCCCGUGUUCUUCUGCCUUCAGCUGGGCCACAUUCUGCUGCUGGAGGCCCUGGCCUUGCUGAUCGUCUGGGCCUUGGGGACUAGCUGGACCUUGACAUUGCUCUGCUCUGUCAUUUUGGCCGUUGCUCAGUCCCAGGCCGGUUGGCUGCAGCAUGAUUUCGGCCACCUCUCUGUCUUCAAGAAGUCUCGCUGGAAUCACAUCCUGCACAAGUUCGUCAUCGGUCAUUUAAAGGGUGCCUCUGCGAACUGGUGGAACCACCGACACUUCCAGCACCACGCUAAGCCCAAUGUCUUCAGCAAGGACCCCGAUGUCAACAUGCUACACGUCUUUGUGGUGGGAGACUCUCAGCCAGUGGAGUACGGCAUCAAAAAGAUCAAGUACAUGCCCUACCACCACCAGCACCGAUACUUCUUUCUUAUUGGACCACCAUUGCUCAUCCCGGUGUACUUCCACAUCCAGAUACUGCGCACCAUGUUUUCACGUCGGGACUGGGUGGACCUGGCGUGGUCCAUGUCCUACUACCUUCGCUACUUCUGCUGUUUUGCCCCCUACUACGGCCUCCUUGGCUCGGUUGCGCUCAUCAGCUUUGUCAGGUUUCUGGAGAGCCACUGGUUCGUGUGGGUGACACAGAUGAACCAUUUACCCAUGGAUAUCGACCAUGAGAAACACCAGGAUUGGCUCACCAUGCAGUUAAACGCCACCUGUAAUAUCGAGCAGUCAAGCUUCAACGACUGGUUCAGCGGACAUCUCAACUUUCAGAUUGAACACCAUCUGUUUCCCACAAUGCCUCGUCAUAACUACCGCCAAGUGGCACCACUGGUCCACGCUUUGUGCGAGAAACAUGGGAUCCCUUACCAGGUGAAGACAUUACGGCAAGGUCUCACUGAUGUCGUCAGGUCGCUGAAAAACUCGGGGGACUUAUGGCUCGACGCAUAUCUCCAUAAAUGACAAGUCUCCUAUAAAUGGCUGCCUGUGCUGUACCAAAAAGAGCAAUUUUACUCCCAUGCACUGCAUCAUCGAUAACUUCUACUUGUGUGGUUUUGUGUUACAGCUUAGUGUGAGAACGUAAUAGGUGUUGUAGUCUGGUUUCCUCUGAUGUGCAAGAAUUUUCACCAGGAGCAGGCGGGCCAGACCCACCUUACCAUAUUUUGUGCUGGUUUGGUAAACGUAAUGAGACCGUAUGAACGGAUGGCAGCAUAUUCCGAGAUGAUUUGAUCAAGAUACUCAUCUCAGCGAAUCAGAAAUGGGCUUCUUCAUCCGUGGCUUAUCUAGCUCACUCUUCCCCUUUUCAACCAGCUCUUCUGUCUUCUCUAUACGGCGAUACAGAAACCAGUUUGAUUGAUUUGUUGUACUGUUUGGAAUAUUAAUAAAGCGAGAGAAUCAUCCGAG